AUGGCAGAGACCAGCAUUUCUGUGUGUGAGGACCAGUUCAUGUGUCCAGUCUGUCUGGAUCUCCUUAAGGAUCCUGUGACUAUUCCCUGUGGACACAGUUACUGUAUAGGUUGUAUUAAGGGCUACUGGGAUCAGGAUGAUCAGAAUGGAGUCUACAGCUGCCCCCAGUGCAGAGAGACCUUCACUCCAAGACCAGCUCUUCACAAAAACACUAUGCUGGCUGAGGUUGUGGAAAAACUGAAGACAACAGAACAGCAAGCUACACAGAGUCCUGCUUCUUGUUCCACUGUAUCUGAGGAUGUGGUUUGUGAUUCCUGUAUCGGAAAGAAAGAAAAAGCCAUCAAAACCUGUCUGACAUGUCUGGCUUCAUACUGUGAGACUCAUGUCCAGCCUCACUUUGAAUCCCUGGCACUCCAGGAACACACGCUGGUCAAAGCCUCCACAAAACUAAAAGACAAUCUGUGUCCUCGUCACAACAAAGUGACAGAGCUUUGGUGUCAAACCGACCAGCGAUCGAUGUGUUACUUAUGUACGGUGAAUGAACACAAAGGUCAUAAAAUAAUAUCUGUUGCAGAUGAGAGGACUGAUAGACAGAAACAGCUGAGGGAAACUCGGAGGAGAAGCCAGCAGAGAAUCCAGGAGAGAGAGAAGGAGGUGCAGAAGCUGAGACAGGCUGUGGAGUCUCUGAGCCGCUCUGCACAGGCAGCAGUGGAGGACAGUGAGAGGAUCUUUACUGAACUGAUCCGUUCCAUUGAGAGAAGACGCCAUCAGGUGACAGAGCUGAUCAGAGAUCAGGAGAAGAGUGAAUUGAGCCGAAUUGAAGGAGUCCUGGAGCAACUGGAGCAGGAGAUUGCUGAUCUGAGGAGGAGAGACACUGAGCUGGAGCAGCUUUCACACACAGAGGAUCACAUCCGUUUCCUCAAGACAUUUUCUUCUGUCUGUGCCUCUCCUGGAUCUGAGGACUUUCCCUGCAUCACUGUUAGUCCACACCUCUCAUUCGAGGAUGUCGGAAGAUCUGUCUCUCAGCUGAAAGAGCGGCUGGAAAGUUUCUGUAAGGAGGAGUUUGGAAGACUUUCCACCAAAGUAACAAGCGUCAAGGUCAUUCCUCCUCCUGAACCCAAGACAAGGGAAGACUUUUUACAAUAUUCCUGUGAUCUCACACUGGAUCCCAACACAGUAAACAAAUACCUUUGUCUGUCUGAGGGGAACAGAAUGGUGACACACAGUAACAGAGCCCUGUCAUAUCCUCAUCACCCAGACAGAUUUGAUUAUUAUGUGGCAGUGCUGUGUAGAGAGAGUGUGUCUACACGCUCUUACUGGGAGGUUGAGUGGAGUCGAAACUGGAGGGGUGGAGAGGAUGGGUUAUAUGUGGCAGCAUCAUAUAAAGGCUUGGGUAGGAAGGGAGGGAGUAAUGAAUGUAGGUUUGGAUAUAAUGAUCAGUCCUGGACCUUGGUCCGCUCUGUCACAAGCUACUCAUUCAUACACAAUAGUAAAGAAACUACACUUCCAACAGUCCCUAGUUCCACCAGAAUAGGAGUGUAUGUGGACCACAGGGCAGGAACUCUGUCCUUCUACAGCGUCUCUGACACAAUGACCCUCCUCCACAGAGUCCAAACCACAUUCACUCAGCCCCUCUAUCCUGGGUUUAGUGUCUGGGGAGGGUCAAGUGUCAGAUUAUGUCAUCAUACAAAAUGA